AUGAACCCCGUUUAUGAGGUGGUGGAGAGGAGAUUCUAUGAAGCCAGGUAUUGCUUGUGGAUGAGAUGGGUUACGGUUUUGGGAGUGACGGUGGUGGCUCUCCUGGUGCCAAAUUUUGCUGAUUUCUUGUCUCUAGUUGGGAGUAGUGUAUGCAUCGUUCUGGGUUUUGUUUUGCCGGCUUUGUUUCACUUGAUCGUGCACAAGGAAGAAUUGGGGUGGCAAGGUUUGGCUCUAGAAGUGGCAAUUGUAGCACUGGGUUUAGCAUUUGCGGAUCGAAAUGGUAUUGCCGCUGGAGUCAGAGGCAAAGGAGAAGCAGCAGUUUGUGAGAAUCCUGGGCUGGGCAGUGGCUUCAUCUUCUUAAUGUAUGGAGGAAUUGGAAUUUUGGGGUAUUUUGCUUUCAGUGAAGAGACCAAAGUUAUAAUCACGACCAAUUUUGGGCAGGGACUAUUGAGCAGCCUUGUUCAGUUGGGUUUGCGCAUUAACCUAUUCUUUACUUUCUUACUGAUGAUGAACCUUGUUUAUGAGGUGGCGGAGAGGAGAUUCUGUGAAGCUAGGUAUUGCUUUGUGGAUGAGAUGGGUCACGGUUUUGGGAGUGACGUUGGUGGCUCUCCUGGUGCCAAAUUUUGCUGA